AUGAGGGCGGCACUUAUGUGGACAAUUAAUGACUUUCUCGCUUAUUCAAUGUUGUCUGGCUGGAGCACAUCAGGAAGAUUGGCAUGUCCGCAUUGUAUGGAAAAUACUGAGGCUUUCACGUUACCCGAGAGUGGUAAUCAAUCUUGGUUUGAUUGCCACAUAAAGUUUUUACCUACACGUCACCAUUUCCGUCGGAACGUUACGGAAUUCCGAAAAGGCAAACAAGUAAGGCAGAAAUUUGGAGGUGUGAGGACUGAAGAUGAAGUGUUAGCAGAGGUGGACGGUCUGGGGUUUAAGAGGGCCUAUGAGAAUGAUGCUAAGGCUACGAAUGAUGAACUAUCUAAAGACCGUGGUUGGAAUCGAAAGAGUAUAUUUUGGGAUUUACUGUAUUGGAGGACAAAUGUGAUCCGGCAUAAUCUCGAUGUCAUGCAUAUUGAGAAAAAUGUAUUUGACAACGUUUUCAAUACCGUGCUUAAUAUACCUGGUAAGACGAAAGAUACGGCAAAAUCUCGGGCAGAGUUGAAUAAAAUUUGUGAUCGUCCUGGCCUGGCACAAGAUGAGCAAACCGGUAGAUAUCCAAAGGCUUUGUAUACUUUGGACAGAGAUUUAAAAAAGAUUUUGUUAGAAUGGAUUCAAAAGUUAAAGUUUCCGGAUGGUUACGUGUCCAACUUGUCUAGGUGCGUUGAUUUAAACAGUUUAAAGAUGAUGGGCAUGAAAAGUCAUGAUUGUCAUGUCUUCAUGCAACGACUUUUGCCAAUUGCUCUUCGGGAGCUUAUUCCGGCAGAAGUGUGGGAGCCUUUAACAGAGUUGAGUAUAUUCUUCAGAGAGUUAUCUGCCACAUCGCUGAAAAAGGCAGAUCUUGAAAGAUUGGAGCUUGAUAUCCCGAAGAUACUGUGCAAGUUGGAACGUAUAUUUCCGCCGAGUUUUUUCGAUUCGAUGGAACAUCUCCCCGUACACUUUCCAUACCUGAGAAAACUCAAAAAUAAGGUAACAAAUAAAGGCAGAGUGGAAGGAAGCAUUAGCAGCGGAUAUCUAUUAGAGGAAACAACAAAAUUUGCAUCUUUCUAUUUCAAGGAUGGUGAUCCGAUGCUACCAUGUCGGAUGCAAAGAAAUGAAGUUUGCGAAAUGGACGUUGAUGAUGAUUUCGAUAGAUUAUCUAUUUUCAAACCGAAAGGGCGACCUGUAGAGAAGUUUAAGUUGUAUGAAAUCAACCCCGAAAUUAUACAGACCGAAGUUGUAGUCAAGUUGGAGAGUGAAUUCUCCUUUUGGUUCGAGCAAUAUGUGAAAGACCCAACUGUCUGUACCAAUCUCUAUAUUCUAAGUCUUGCAAAAGGACCGCUUAGAUCGGUCAAAACAUUCAAGGGGUACUGUAUGAACGGGUUUAAAUUCAAUACUGAAGAAUAUGGGGAGGAUCGGGUUACAAUGAAUAGCGGAGUCUGUGUAAAAGGAUCACUCUACGGCCCGGCUGAAAGCGACUUUUAUGGAAUGUUGACUGACAUUAUCGAGUUAGAGUAUCCAACUCUACCAAUAAAAAGGCCGUUUUUUAAAUGUAAUUGGUUUGAUCCUACGAAAAAGGUUGGUAUGAUAGUCCAUCCUCGGUAUAACAUAGUGGAUGUUAACCACAGAAAGAGGUACAACAAAUACGAACCUUUCAUUUUAGCUGAACAGUCUGAUCAAGUACAUUACUUACCUUAUCCUAGCAAAAAGCGGGACAAGAAAGAUUGGUGGGCAGUAUGCAAGAUAAAAGCUCGCUCUGAGCUAGACAUGCCUAAAACAACUGUUCCAGCUUUCCAAGAUGAUAGUGAAGAAUAUCCGCUCGAUGUCAUAACGAAUGACGAACCGACAAAUUUAGUUGAUCUGAAUGGCGAGGCGGACGAGGCUGCAUUACACAACCCUCCAGUAGUAGAGACGGAAGAUGAUUAUCCACCAUCCUCAUCAAACGAUGAUGACAUUGGAGCGGAAGAUGAUAUAGAAAUUGCAUGA